CUUCCGCAAACACGCCUCUCUUUCCCGGCAAGAGCUGCGGGCGCGGGAGAAUGAAGUGCGACCAUUGCACAGGCUGGACGCGGUCAGCGCCUGUUUGCUUAUUGUACGAUUGCUAGAAAAACCAGCAACAAAAGCUAAAAAACAAAAAACAAAAACAAAACUACGAGAUGAACACAGAAGCCAACACAGAAACAGUUCUACACAACGGGGCCGAGGCCAGAGCUCCCUGCAAGAAGAGGCAGGACUACCUGGAGUGGCCUGAAUAUUUCAUGGCGGUUGCCUUCCUGUCAGCGCAGAGGAGCAAGGAUCCAAGCUCACAGGUUGGGGCCUGCAUCGUCAACCAGGAGAACAAGAUAGUGGGCAUCGGCUACAACGGGAUGCCCAAUGGCUGUGAUGACGACCUGCUCCCCUGGUCACGGUCAGCGUCCGACAAGCUGGACACCAAAUACCCCUACGUGUGCCACGCCGAGCUGAACGCCAUCAUGAACAAGAACUCCGCAGACGUGAAGGGCUGCACCAUGUACGUGGCCCUGUUCCCCUGCAAUGAGUGCGCCAAGCUCAUCAUCCAGGCAGGUAUAAAGGACGUGAUUUAUCUGUCAGACAAGUAUCACGACACUCCAGAAAUGACUGCCUCCAGGCGCCUGCUCAACCUGGCGGGGAUCAAGUACAAGCAGUUUGAGCCGAAGCGAAACAAGAUUGUCAUUGAUUUUAAUUCAAUAAACCACUCCGGAAUGCACCAGAUGACGGCGUACCCGAUUUCACCUUGAACCGGCGCGUCUUUGAUGUCAUCUUCUCUCACUGAAGGCAUUACUCCCAGCGUAUCUCCAUUGUGCGGUCUCGCACUUUGGGAGGGAGAUGCGGCUUUCAUGUGGAAGUUACAACUUUUUUUUGUUGUGCAAGUCGCUUUGUGGGUUUUCGGGUGUGCACUUUCUGCCAGUCAAACUGCUUUAACUAACACAUGGAUAUUCACACGUGGAACCAAUUUAAUAGCACUCUUUCUCUCACAUUAUGCAAAUUACAUAGCGAGUAGACAUUGGUAUAUGAAAAUUGACUUUGGAAUAAGG